GGGGGCGAGCUGGCGGCAGUGACUGGGGUGCCGGAGUCGGUCGCUGCAGCUCCUCUCAGGCGCACCAUGGGCUCUGCUUGCUCCCCGACGGCGUUCCCUCUGCGCGGCCUCGUGCUGGGGCUCUUUCUGCUCGCCUGCUCAGCCCCAGAAUGCCAGGCAGAGGUGCAAGUGUCCGUCCCGACUUCGUUGGAGGUCCAACUAGGCCACAAAGUGUCCAUCUCCUGCACUCACACCACAGAAGGUCAAGAUAGCUUGCCCGUGGUGGAGUGGUUCAUUACGGACAAGAACGGGGAGCAGCGGCGUGUGGCCUACAGCGUUCAGGGUCAGCAUGGGGUGGACCGAGGCACUGAGUACACGGACCGCGCCUCCAUGGAAGCCAGCUACAGUUUGGUCAUCAAAGCGGCCGAGGUGAUCGACGAGAGAGCCUUCUCCUGCCAGGUGACAGCGGGCACUGCAGGGAGCGGAAUGGGAGUGACGCAGCUCAAGGUGUACGGUGCACCUGAAGCCCCAGAGGUCAUACCUAACAGCAGGACCCUCUCUGUGACUGAGGAGGACGCCUCAGAGAUUGCAACGUGCACCAGCAAAAAUGCCAACCCGAUGCCAACCAUCAGCUGGUACAAAGAUGGCCGCCCUCUGAAUGCCUCCACAGAACGCAAUAAGGAGCUGUAUGUCGUGUCACGGACGGUGAAAGAGGCGUCAGGGCUGCUCUCCGUCUCCAGCACGCUGUACCUGCGGGUGAACAAAUCUGACAAGGACUCCAGCUUCCUCUGCCACGUCAGCUACGCAAUGCCGCACGGAAAAGUCGGCAGCGCAGAGUCGGACCCCUUCCAUCUCACGUUGCACUACUUCACAGAGAACGUGGAGUUUUCUGUAGAUUCCCCAGAGGUCAUCAAGGAAGGGGAUGAUAUCGAGUUGCAAUGCCAGGCGGACGGCUACCCUCCACCGGAGUACGUCUUUUACAAAAUACAGAGUGAAAACAGACAGGUAGACCUGGGGUCCCGCCCCAACGGAAUCCUGAGCCUUCUGCACGUGACCAAGGCAGACGGUGGGACAUACCGGUGCCAGGUGCUGGACUUUGACAGCCCCAGUAACGUAGAGCUGGAGAAGGAUGUGACCAUCUAUGUCAACUAUCUGGACCCCCUGGUUCUGAACCCGAACAAGACUGUGAUGGCAAGAUUGGGCGAAAACAUCGAGCUGACCUGCUCUGGUACUGGCUCCCAGAUGCCCACCUUGCUAUGGAAGAAGGGAAAGACUAAGGUGGGAGACGGCGAGACUUUGCCCCUGAGUUCACUGAGCUACCACAUGGCCGGUGGGUACACGUGUGAAGCCUCUGUGCCUAGCAUACCUGGGCUGCAGCGGACCCAGACCAUCGAAGUCGUCGUGGAAGGAACCCCACAAGUGGAGCAGCCUCAGUCCACACGCCAUUACCAGAGCCUGGGCCAGAAACUGACAUUUACCUGCUCUGCUUUCGGCUACCCUGAGCCAGAGAUCAAGUGGAGCGUCACUGGGGAGGAGCCGUCUGCGAGGACCUUUGGCAACAGAGUCGUCAGCGAAUUGUCGGUGGAGGUGACCCCUGAACUGGCCCAGAAUGGGGUCACGUGCUGGGCAGAGAACGAGCACGGCAAGGCCGAACAGACAUUCCUGUUACAGAUGGUUGCACCAACGACAUCUGCCUCUCCCAUACCAGCAGUGGACGGGGAACAGAGCCAGGGUGGCAGUACAGUCGCCGUGAUUGCUGUGUGUGUCUGUGUCUUGCUCCUCCUCAUCAUCGUGGGCUUCUUCUACUUCAUGCAGCGCCGCGGCCAGCUGCCCUGCGGCGGAGGCGAGAAGAGAUCUUUGACCCCCAAGGAAGGGAAUCCCGACGACACUGUGGUGGAGAUGAAGACGGACAAACGGAACGAGCAGACGGGGCUCUUGAGCCCUGGGGGUGGCGGUGGCGGUGGGGCAAAUGAGUGCUGAGAACAAGCCUGGAGUUGUCUUCUUCCGGAGGAUCUGCCUCUUGCCUGCUCUGCACCACCCAAACCACGGGGCAAAGAGGACGCCAGGGCUGGACUGUGCGAGGGGAACCCGGUCCCUCCGGGGCCCUUCCUUCUCCAAGGGCAGGGGAGCAUCCUUCCUUGCGUCUGGACUUUUUUUUGUGUGCAAAUGGGGUGAGGUGAGGGGGUUGUGCUGCCGCUACUACUUCUUCCUCCUUGAAACGCCUGAUUGUUAUUAUUGUUCUUGUAAUUAUUUUAAAAGAAACUGACACUUGCCCAGACCCCUCUGGCGUGAGUAGACACGCCAUCGACACACAGGCCCCUGUCUCUCCACACACCGAUAUGCCUCUUGCUGACUUGCGGACCUGAACUAAGCCCACAUGUGCACUUACGUCCUGAACACGGAAACACAGCCUUGGAAGAAAACUCACACAAGUUGACUGGCCCCUUUCUGCUGGCACACGACUGUUAGCCACUUGUGGUCUUAAAGGACUCGCUUUUUGUAAACCUUCCCACCACCACCCCGUCCCGCUUAGUCGCUUGGAGGCGAUUCUUGCUCGCCGUAGGUGACCAGGCUAGCAGUGUCUGUCUUUCACCAUUGGGCAAAGACAUGUGGACACCUAUAUUCCUGUGCACACUUCUUCUUUAUCCUCCUUGUGAAACAUGCAUUGUGAGUGAACACAUACAGACACACCCUUGUUUUGUCACGCAUCCACACCCCCACACCCAUUGAGCAUGCUUGUUGGAAAGUCGUGCAAAGACUUGCAAAGUUGACAUGCUCCCCACAUGCAUGUGAAUGUGUUCCGUCCAUACAUUAACAUGUUCAUGUGUGUGUGCGUGUGUGUGCGUGUGUGCAUGCACACAAGGCUUUGCAAAUUACGUGUGGGCAUCGUAGCUGAGUAUUAAUUUCUACAUAGAGCCCCGAAGUCCACUCCACAAUACAGCACAAACAGCACCCUCUGCAUUUAUCAACACAGACGCUGAUAUCGCUCAGGCUGCAAUUCUGUAUAUGCUAAGCCCCAUUUAUCUCAAUAAUGCUUGCUUCUGAGUAGAUCAUGCUGUCACACUUUUAUCUAGGUUGACAAACGCAUGGCAUCUUUUUUUUU